UCCACGGACACCGCUGCGUGCGCUGAAGCGGUAGGCGGGCAGCUCGGAGGAAGCCAGCGGACGGGCAGUCGAGCGGGGCGCCGGCAGGUCACCGGCUGUGGUCGCGAUGAGACCCGGGGAGGAGCGGUCGGAGGACGGGGGCGCCUGCGCCGGCGUCUCGGAGCUGGAGCUGCUGAAGCUGCGCGCCGCCGAGCGCAUUGACGAGGCGGCGGAGCGCCUGGGGGCCCUGAGCCACGCGAUCUGGAGCGAGCCCGAGCUGGCCUACGAGGAGCACCGGGCCCACGACGUGCUGACCGGCUUCUUCGAGCGCGAGCCUCCGGCCGCCUCGUGGACGGUGCAGCCGCACUACCAGCUGGCCACCGCCUUCCGCGCCGAGUGGGAGCCGCCGGGGGGCCGCGCCACGCCGCGCCCGCUGCAGCUGGGCUUCCUCUGCGAGUACGACGCGCUGCCGGGCCUCGGGCACGCCUGCGGCCACAACCUGAUCGCCGAGGUCGGGGCGGCGGCCGCGCUGGGCGUGAAGGGGGCCCUGGAGGGCCGCCCCGGGCCGCCUCCGCCUGUGAAGGUAAUUGUCCUGGGAACCCCUGCCGAAGAAGAUGGUGGUGGCAAAAUUGAUUUAAUUGAAGCAGGGGCUUUUAAAAAUCUUGAUGUUGUUUUUAUGGCUCACCCAUCCCAAGAGAAUGCUGCUUAUCUACCCGAUGUGGCGGAACAUGAUGUGACUGUGAAAUACUAUGGCAAAGCAUGUCAUGCUGCUUCAUAUCCCUGGGAAGGAGUAAAUGCAUUAGAUGCUGCUGUUCUUGCCUACAACAAUCUGUCUGUCUUGAGACAGCAAAUGAAACCAACCUGGAGAGUUCAUGGCAUAAUAAAAAGUGGUGGUGUAAAACCCAAUAUCAUUCCCUCUUAUUCUGAAUUAAUCUAUUACAUCCGUGCACCCUCAGUGAAAGAACUUCCAGUUUUGACCAAAAAGGCAGAAGACUGCUUCAGAGCUGCAGCUUUGGCUACUGGUUGUACAGUAGAAAUUAAAGGUGGAGCACACUAUUGUUACAAUGUUCUUCCCAAUAAGAGCCUAUGGAAAGCUUAUGUUGAAAAUGGAAAAAAACUGGGAAUAGAAUUUAUUUCAGAAGAUGCAAUGUUGAAUGGCUUUUCAGGAUCUACUGAUUUUGGAAAUGUUUCUUUUGUGGUUCCUGGGAUUCAUCCAUAUUUUUACAUUGGAUCUGAUGCCUUGAACCAUACAGAACAAUAUACUGAAGCUGCAGGAUCACAAGAAGCUCAGUUCUACACUUUACGUACUGCCAAAGCUCUGGCAAUGACUGCAUUGGAUGUUAUUUUUAAACCAGGGUUGCUAGAGAGAAUCAAAGAAGACUUUAAAUUGAAACUUCAAGAAGAAGAGUUUUUAAAUACGGUAGAAUAAAAGGAAGAUCUAGGAGCCACUUACGGAUCAUUAAGUAAUGAUUUUUUUCUUUAAUCUUUUUUAAUGAUGGAGAACAUCCUUAAUUUUUGGUCUUAAAGGAGUCAGAUUCCUCUUUCCUGAAAAAUGAGGCCAUGAUGUGGAGAAAACCCAUGACUUAAUUAUCUAAAAUGAAAUUUUUCAGGGGCACUUGGCUGGCUCAGUCAGUAGAGCAUGUUACUCUUGAUCUCAGGGUCAUGAGUUUGAGCCCCUCAUUGGGCAUAGAAUUUACCUAAAAAUAUUAAUUUAGAUACUUAAAAUGAAAAUUUUCACAAGUCUUUGAUGAAAUUGUGAUCUUUUAGAAGCUGAUAUGUGAUGGUUUUUUUUUUUUUUUUUUUUUGGUAAAGAUUUUAUUUUUAAGUAAUCUCUCUACUCAAUCUGGGGCUUGAACUCACAACCCUGCAAGAUUAAAAGUUACAUGUUCCACUGACUGAGCCAGCCAGGCAACCCUGUGAUAGCAUUUCUUCAAACAGUCUGGAUGCUACAUGGCUUAUCAGUGACAAUAUUUUAUAAAUUCAGUUGUUGUAUAAGUGUAUUUUAAAAGAUUCAAGGAAUUUCAAACUUUAUAUUUAGAGUUGACCCAUGAAAGAUUUUUUUUCCUUUUUGGUAUAGGGCAAUGAAAUUGUUUUAAAAUUCAUGUACUAAAUUUAGGGAAAAUCUGAUUAUGAAAAAAAAAUCUGAUUAUGUCUGUUUUGAUUUAGAGAAUCUUUUCAUUGAUAAUAAAGAGAGGUUUUUGGAAAUCUGAUUAUGAAAAAAAAUCUGAUUAUGUCUG